CUCUAUAGUAAGUGAUGACCUGUUUUGUUGUUGUUCUGGCCAAACUAAACCACAUGCAUGCGCGGCUGGGUAUGAAUUCAUUUAUCACGUGAUGUAUCCAUACCUACCCGGGCACUCGCUGCCAACAACUACCCUUUAUUUCCAAUGGUCGCACUUUGAAUCAUAUAGAAUUUUGAAUAUUUAGUUAUUCUAACUUUGACUCGCAUCACUGGAGCGGUAUAUCGGCUAACUUUCUCCGAGCUCACGCGGGGAAGCCGGCCAAUCAACCGACUUGUUGCUCUAAUACCUCUUCCAGUCUCUCCCAGCCACCGAUCGGAUUUCCAGUCAAGACCAUACAGAGCUCAUCAGAGAAAUAACAUUCCCAGCAAUGUCGGAACCCCAGUGGUCGGGCCCAGGUAUCAUGCAGAGCUUUGUUACUCUGAAAGAAGGGUCGAAGAUCACACAAGAAACACUUGACAGAUGGUUUGAGGAGGUCUACGUGCCGGAACUCAUCAAGACUGGAAUCGUCACCGCGGCUUCGAUUUGGAAGGCUGCGAACCCCGCGUACGAGAAACAGAACAUGAUUCUGUAUGAAGCUCCAGAUCUUGCACCCAUCAAGCAAGGGAAGCUGAGAGAAGAUCAUGUGUCGAGAAAGAGUGACAUGUUUCCGACAGACGGCCCUGUGGAUGAUUUCGUUGAUGUGGAAUCGAGGAUUUUAGCAAGGGAAGAGUAUUACGAGAUCGAAAAACAACCGAAAGACGUGGCAACUACCGUAAUUUAUGCUGCUAUGCAACCUAGUCCUGGAGGCGAAGUCGACCUGGAUAAAUGGUAUCGCGAAGAGCAUAACGAGCAAAUGUCUAAAGAGCCCGGUUGGAAACGAACAAUCAGAUACCGACUGCUGUUCCAGACACGAAAUGAUGGAAAGGAGGCGGAAGGUCUUGACUUUUUGGCCAUUCAUGAGUUUGAUGAGAAAAACAAGCUCGGGCAGAAUGUACAGCCCCUGGAACCCAUCACGGAUUGGACCAAGAAAGCGAUGAGUGAGUGCAAAUCGAUUGAUGCUGCGAUAUAUCACAAGGUAACUUCUUCCUUCCGCCUCGCUGUGUCCCGCUGA